GGGUAAAUACUCCAAAUUAUGAAACCAUAUUUUAGAAAGAAAAAAAUACUCUCCUAGUUUGAAAUAUCAAGAGGGUAGUAGUAGUACGUUGAGAUGUGACAAAGUGUACACAGAGUAUGCAUUCAGCAUGUCAAGUCGCUGUUGUUCUUUUAUUGUUUUUUUCAUUUCAUCUCAUCUCACUCACUCACUCAGUAUACUUAUUUAUUUAACGUUAAAUCACAUCACUUCAGAUUUCAGACCCUGCCUGCAUUUAUCUCUCUCUCUCCUCUCUCUCUCUCUCUUUACUUUCUCUUUAACCUUUUCAUUUUUCAAAAUUCUCCUUCUAACUUUUCCAUCACUCUCUCUCUCUCUCUCUCUACCUUCAUUUUUUAUUGGUUCUUUCAUUCAACCUUUUCACUUCCCUUUUGCAUUCUUAUUUCUUACUCUUCUUCCACACCAUUUUAAUAUUUAUUUCUAUUCUGUAAAACCCAUGUGCCUUUGUUUUGUUUUCUUUUGAGAACUUGUUGAGAGUUGUGAAGAAGAAGAAGAAAGAGUAGUAGCUAACUAGAAUCUAUCUAUCUAUACUAUACUACUAGUAGUAUACUAUAACUUGUAGAAACUCACAUGCAACCCUUUUUAGUUUUACCAUUUGCUUAACCUUAUUCUUUUGGUUACAAACAGAAAGAAAAAAAGAGAGAGUGAAAAGAGGUAACUUUGUUUCAUUCCAAACAGCAUUGAAGAAAUGACUAAAGAAGAAGACUUUAAGCUCCUUAAAAUCCAGACUUGUGUUCUCAAAGUGAACAUUCACUGUGAUGGUUGUAAGCAGAAAGUGAAGAAACUCCUUCAGAGAAUUGAAGGUGUUUACCAAGUUCAAAUAGAUGCAGAACAACAGAAGGUAACAGUUUCAGGUUGUGUGGAUGCUGCAACUUUGAUCAAGAAACUAGUAAGAUCUGGCAAAUAUGCUGAGUUAUGGUCUCAGAAAACUAAUAAUAAUCAGAAUCAAAAGCAGAAGAACAACAACAUUGUCAAAGAUGACAAGAACAAAGGACAAAAACAAGUUGUCAAAGCACUUGAGGCCUUCAAAAACCAGCAGAAAUUUCCUGCUUUUAGUUCCGAAGAGGACGGUGAAUACUAUGGUGGAUACGGUGACGACGACGAAGAGGAUGAUCAAGAGACACGGUAUGUCAUGGAGGCAGCCAAUCAACUUCAAAUGAUGAGGCAGCGUGUAGCCGAUGCAAACAAUGCGAAGAAAGCUAUUGGAGCUAAGAUGAACAAUGCUGGCAAUGUGAAUGGAAAUAGUGGUAAGAAAGGAAACUCAAAUCAGAACAUGGGAGGAAUGAAGGAAAGUGCUAAUGGUAUUGAUCAGAAAACAAUUGCAGCUAUGAAGUUGAACAAUGGUCAUUUAGUUGGUAAUGAAAGUCUCAAUCUUGGAGAAUCCAAAAGGGCUAGUGAGAUUGGUGCUAUGAUGAAUUUAGCUGGUUUUAAUGGUAAUAACAAUGGUGUUGGUAAUGCUACUACUAUUCUAGGUGGAAAUUCCAAUGGUUUAGGAGGUUUUCCUGUUCAAACCAAUAAUACUAAUAUGAUUCAAGGUUCUUCUGCAGCUGCUAUUCCAAAUGGCGGUUUUGUUACCGGUCAAUAUCCAGCAUCUAUGAUGAUGAACAUGAAUGGUUUCAAUAACCAUCCAUCUUCAUUGAUGAACAUGAACAUGCAGCAGGCAAGGCAUGUUAUGCAGCAGCAACAGCCUCAGAUGAUGUAUCACAGGUCACCUUAUGUUCCUCCUAACACUGGCUAUUACUACAAUUACAAUAACUACAUUCCUCCAGUUGCAAAUUACUCAUCCUAUGCAAAUCCUAGUUACCCAACGGAGGAUAACUCUGCAGCACACAUGUUCAGUGAUGACAAUACUACUAGCAGCUGUUCAAUAAUGUAAUGAUAGUGACUGUAGAGUUAAAAAAGUGAGAGGAAAAAAAGUGCAAAAGGGAUUGUGUUUGACCUUAAAGUCCUAUUUUCUUAGUCAGUAUAGUAGUUUGACUGUAAUUUGGUGGGGCAGAUUUGUGUUAGGAUGGAUGUGGAUGUGUUUGUUUGUGAAUGUGAAUCAUCAUAUCAUUAGUGUGUACUGUGUAGUAGUUGAGAUGAUGUUGGCUUUUUUAUGUUAUUUUCAAAAAAUGUCUCUGGUUGUGUUUUGUUUUA